UUGAUUCGUCUUCCAUUUCUGCUGGAGCUCAAUUUCUGUCGGAGUAGUAUUGAUUUUAUCUCCGGUUCGAGUAUUCCAAAGGGAGGAUUUUGCUACUCUCUCCGGGAUCGGAAUUCUCGAAGAGGAUCACCCAUGGAAUCAAACUCGAAAUCCAGGAAAGAAAGCAUCUUGAUCAAAUACGCCAUCUUCUCGCGACUCCUCGUUCUGUUCUUAACCAUUUUGUGGCGGAGCUUCCUCCAACCGUACGAUACAUCCGCCGCAAUCGACCCGCCGUGCCUGCAUCACAGAAACGUCACCGAAGAUUGUCCUCCGCUCCUUGUAGCCAAUGCAGUCUCGAAGACCCUUGAAAACAGCGUCGUCUGGGACAGCGUGUAUUUUCUCCGAAUCACGCAGUGUGGGUACGAGUACGAGCAGACUUACGCCUUCUUGCCUCUGCUUCCCUUCUUCAUCUCGCUUCUCUCUCGCACAGUUUUUGCGCCUUUGGUUCCGUUGAUUGGUCUUCGAGCUGUAAUGGUGUUGUCUGGCUACGUCGUCAGCAACUUGGCCUUCGUACUUGCUGCAAUCUAUCUAUUCAGGGUUUCAGUUCUUAUCUUGAAGGACACUGAAGCAUCAUUUAGAGCUUCAAUCAUCUUCUGUUUCAAUCCGGCGUCCAUAUUUUAUUCAUCAAUAUAUUCAGAAAGUCUGUAUGCUCUUUUUUCAAUUGGAGGCUUGUAUCACUUGCUAUCUGGUGCCAGCAAUGUAGCCGUUCUCUGGUUUGCUCUCUCUGGCUGUGCAAGGUCCAAUGGAAUUCUUAAUGCUGGUUACAUCUGUUUCCAGACGAUGCAUCGAGCAUAUGAAGCUUUAUAUCAGAAAAGGCGUUUGGCUGUGCAGGUUUUAGUUACUGGACUUCUUCGAUGCGUAUGCAUUUGUCUUCCUUUUGUCGCAUUUCAAGCAUACGGAUACUAUAACCUCUGUCAUGGACAUAAGCCUGAUGAAUUGAGGCCUUGGUGCAAAGCAAGGGUACCUUUGCUGUACAACUUCAUUCAAAGUCAUUACUGGGGAGUAGGCUUUCUUAGAUACUUUCAGUUUAAACAGCUCCCAAACUUUCUGCUCGCAUCCCCGAUUCUGUCUCUAGCUGUGUGUUCAAUUAUAAGUUACAUGAAGGCUCGGCCUGAGCUCUUCAUUUCGCUGGGUUUUCAAGCUACCGAGAAAGAAAAGAGAUCUGGUGCAAUGCUUUAUUCUCUGAAGGAUGCGGUCGAAGCAGAUGUUAAAACUUCAUCAAAUGAAGGAAACCGUGACAUUAGGCAGCGGAAAUCUUGCAGAAAGAAGGAUGUGACUGUGACCGAUGUGGUUGCGGAUUCUAUAUCGCCGGAAAAGUCGGGAUAUUUUUCAGCUGAUGUAUUCCCAUUUGUCGUACACUUGGGUUUAAUGGCAGCCACAGCGUUCUUCGUCAUGCAUGUUCAGGUUGCAACACGGUUCUUGUCAGCGAGCCCUCCUCUUUACUGGUUUGCAUCGCAUUUGAUUGCAUCUCCUAAACAUAGUAAAUGGGAAUACUUGAUAUGGUCAUAUUGUGCAGCCUAUAUCCUUCUCGGCACUCUUCUCUUCUCCAACUUUUAUCCAUUCACU